GGAAGGGAUAGGCGAAUGAAUCUACAGUAGACAUGGCGAACAUUAAUUUGGGUGAAUGACUAGAAUUAUACUAACAAUAUUUGAGAAUUAGUGAGUGAAGUGAAUUUCUUAAACCUGCAAGUUUUAUGGUUGUUAUAUAGUUUAUAGGCAAGAUAAAAAUGCAGAAUGUUGCACAAGGCUCGACCACGGAUAAUCAAAAACUUGAAAAAUUGAGUGGCCAAGAAGUAGGGAAAUCGUCGACUCCCCAAUCUUCCAACUCGAGUCCGACAAAAUCUGAAACGGAUACAUUUUCAGAGUUGCAGCCGAGAUUUAUGUCAGAUUCUUCAGAUAGUGAAGACGAGGACGUUUCUGAGGUCGAGUCAUUUGUCAUCGACAAUGAAGAAUUAGUUGAUGAGCCCAGUCUGCAGACAUCUAAGUUCCUGUUGUCACCAGAAGAUAACGACCAUUCGGUUGAUCCAGAAACCCAGGCUCGUUUAGAGGCUCUCUUACAGGCCGCUGGUAUCGGCAAACUUGCUGCGGGCGACGGCAAGCACCUAGCUGACCCUGAGGUGUUGCGGAGGCUGACAUCGAGUGUGUCUUGUGCUCUAGACGAGGCAGCCGCAGCACUCACGCGCAUGCGCAGUGAGAACCCCCGCCCCCAACAGGAGACCAGAUCUCUAGCGGAGGCGUGUUCGGAUGGUGACGUGGGCACAGUCCGCAAGCUGCUUACUGAAGGCAGGAGUGUGCAUGAGACUACCGAGGAGGGCGAGAGCCUGUUGUCCCUGGCUUGUUCAGCUGGUUAUUAUGAGCUAGCACAGGUGUUAUUGGCCAUGCAUGCGAAUGUGGAAGACAGAGGUAUCAAAGGGGACUGUACCCCUCUGAUGGAGGCAGCAUCUGCUGGUUUUGUGGAGAUCGUUAGGCUGUUGAUAGCUCAUGGAGCAGAUGUCAACGCCCAGUCAUCAUCAGGCAACACGCCACUAAUGUACGCAUGCGCAGGCGGGCAUGAACAUUGCGUAAGAGUGUUGCUAGAGGCAGGUGCCAACGUGGAGGACCACAACGAAAAUGGCCACACACCACUUAUGGAAGCUGCUAGUGCUGGUCAUGUUACCGUGGCCAAGAUAUUGCUGGAGCAUGGAGCCGGCAUCAACACCCACUCUAACGAGUUCAAGGAGUCUGCUCUCACCUUGGCCUGCUACAAGGGUCACCUGGACAUGGUUCGAUUCCUGCUGGAAGCAGGAGCAGACCAGGAGCACAAGACGGAUGAGAUGCACACGGCGCUGAUGGAGGCCUCAAUGGAUGGACAUGUGGAGGUGGCCAAGUUACUUCUUGACUCCGGAGCUCAGGUGAACAUGCCAACAGACAGUUUCGAGUCACCACUUACCUUGGCGGCAUGUGGAGGACACGUAGACCUGGCUUUGCUGCUGAUAGAGCGAGGAGCCAAUAUUGAGGAAGUGAAUGAUGAGGGUUACACUCCCCUCAUGGAGGCAGCCAGGGAGGGCCAUGAGGAGAUGGUUUCUGUCCUGUUAAACAAAGGAGCCAAUAUCAAUGCACAGACAGAGGAGACGCAGGAGACGGCGUUGACACUUGCGUGCUGUGGGGGCUUCCUGGAGGUGGCGGAUUACCUAAUCAAGCACGGAGCGGAAUUGGAGUUAGGUGCAUCUACACCGCUUAUGGAGGCGGCGCAGGAGGGCCAUCUAGAUCUGGUCAGAUACCUGCUUGAGGCUAGAGCGGAUGUCCAUGCUCAGACUCAGACGGGAGAUACUGCUCUAACCUACGCAUGUGAGAACGGACACACGGACGUAGCCGAUCUUCUCAUCCAAUAUGGUGCUAACUUAGAGCAUGAGUCUGAAGGCGGCCGGACUCCACUGAUGAAAGCAUGUAGAGCCGGUCACCUUUGCACUGUGCAGUUCCUCAUCUCCAAGAGUGCCGAUGUGAACCGACAGACGACAAACAACGACCAUACCCCCCUUUCCUUGGCCUGUGCAGGCGGUCACCUCUCCGUUGUGGAGUUACUGCUCGCCCACUCAGCCGACCCCUUCCACAAGCUAAAGGACAAUUCGACAAUGCUGAUAGAGGCGGCCAAAGGCGGACACACGAAUGUGGUGCAGUUGCUGUUGGACUACCCCCACUCCAUCAUGAUGUCCCCACCACACCCUCCUGCCCCCGCCCCUGCCCCCACCGGCCUGCACGAGGUGCCUGAGGCCGUCAGGGUCCUGCCUCAGGAAGAACCUUUCACUGCCAAACCUAAUACUAUUGGUCGGCUAGUCGACCAGCUGGGCCCUUCUGUUGCCAAGCACAACCCUCCUCAAAAGUCUCUCCUGCGCAAGAACAGACUGUCUGCGGCACUCGCAGAGAACAGUCUCACCUCACCUGAAGUUCAGCAGGUGCGGAAUGCUCCCGGAGGUGAGGUGAAGGAUGACCCCAACAUGUUGGACAAGGGCAGCACCAAACCUCAGCCCUUACCUGCACUCGUACCCACCGCCAUGGAGCAGCAGAUCUUCCAGAAACAGCAGCUGGUCGAAGAGUUCCAGAGGGUAGAACAGGAACUGAAGGAGCAGGCUGUCGGAUGCCAGCUGUUGGAAUCGGUUGCAGUGCCUAGUCCCUCCUUCCAGCAGAUGGAUUAUAUCGAAGGUUUGAUGUUAGGUGCAGCCAUAGUAAGCAACAACAGUCUGCCUCUGCACAACAGCGUGUUCAAGACGGAGACUGUUCAAACUUCCCCCGCUGCCCCCGCCAUCGCUCCUGCUCCGACACCCCAUCUCCCCAUCAGUGCCAGCGCCGAUGUGUCACAGACAACUGCGAUCAGCGACCGGCCUAAGGCCAAACCUGUUUCUAAGAAAGAAGGCAAGAACAUGCGUAAGCAACAGGUGGCAUACCAGGCGGCACUGCAACAACAGCAGAAUCAGGCGGCACACCUCAAACAUCUGGCGCAGAUCAAUGAGCAGCUACAGCAGCAGGUGCUGCACCAGCAACAGCAGAUGGAUCAACAGCGGGUGGUGGGUGCCAAGAAUGUGUUCACCACCAACCAGCUGAUGGCUCAUAUCCAACAGUUGGAGCCCCUCACCCACCACAAGGUCAUCCAUCAGGAGAAGCAGAUACGCACCCUGCAGCAGGAGGGUGUGUGUUGUCCUUCAUGUGACGUGCUGCCUCAGCGCUGUCAACUCCUGCCAGGAGACGAGACCAAGCCUGACCAAACUGACGUUCUUGUCGAAUCACUCGAGACUUUCACUCUGGAUGAUGUCACCGCCGCGGGACUCGAACAGGCACGGAUGCGUGAGCUGGCUGCGGCAGCAUAUGCGGCGGGAGAGGUGGAUUAUGCACGCGGUGCAGAGGCUGCGUUGGAGAUGCUCACAAAGUCCCGACUGCAAGUGCUCGGCACUGACCAGGACCAAGUGGAGUAUUUCAUGCCUUCCCCUUCCGGCCCAGUUCAGGUGCAAGGUGGUCCCAACAGUUUCCAGGUGCAAUACCAGGUGACAAGGCAAGAACUGCAGCAGCUGAGUGAAAUGAAAGCACGACAGGCUGUCAAUCCUUCCUUCCCUUCGCAAUCUCUACUCCUACAAAACACUCCUCUCAUGGUACCUGGCAGUGGGGUGGAAAGUGGGGGCAUCCACCAGGUGGUGGCGGCUACUCAGACUACUCCUGAUCCUAAGAAGCCUGCCCCCGCCCCUGCACCUGCCCCGUCGCCUGCUCCUGCACCCACCCCCACAACCAAGGGCAAGAAGCAGUCCCGCUACCAGCUGCAACAACGGUUGCAAGCUGCGACCUCCAGCCCGCCCCACUUCCAGCUGGACACUAACCCCUCUCCGCCUUUCGCUGGCAACGAAGUGCAAUUCCCACAAGCCCCUCCAUUCUCUUGCAUGGACGUGGACUCGGAGACGGAUAGCAACCACGACACCGCUCUCACUCUGGCCUGCGCUGGUGGACACGAGGAGUUAGUCGAGUUGCUGUUAUCCAGGGGUGCUACAAUUGAACACCGGGACAAGAAGGGGUUCACACCACUGAUCCUGGCUGCAACGGCGGGCCACGAGAAGGUAGUGGAGAUCCUGAUGAAUCAUGCAGCGGAUAUGGAGGCUCAGUCGGAGCGCACCAAGGACACACCUCUGUCGCUGGCCUGUUCGGGCGGCAGAUACGAGGUUGUAGACCUGUUGUUGAAUCGAGGAGCCAACAAGGAACAUCGUAAUGUAAGCGACUACACUCCACUCAGUCUGGCGGCAUCGGGAGGUUACGUCAACAUUAUCAAACUGUUGCUGACCCACGGUGCCGAGAUCAACUCCCGCACUGGCAGCAAGCUGGGCAUCAGUCCUCUCAUGUUGGCAGCCAUGAAUGGACACACAGCUGCGGUGAAGCUACUGUUGGACAUGGGCAGUGACAUCAACGCACAAAUCGAGACCAACAGAAACACUGCGCUGACGCUGGCCUGCUUCCAGGGGAGACACGAGGUGGUCAGCCUGCUGUUAGACCGCAAAGCCAACGUUGAACACCGAGCGAAAACGGGACUGACACCACUAAUGGAAGCAGCCAGUGGUGGUUACGUGGAGGUGGGACGGGUCCUACUAGACAAGGGGGCCGAUGUCAAUGCUCCUCCCGUUCCCAGCUCAAGGGACACUGCCCUCACCAUUGCCGCCGACAAAGGGCACUGUCGCUUUGUCGAGCUACUUUUACAGAGGAAUGCGCAAGUGGAAGUGAAGAACAAGAAGGGCAAUUCUCCGCUAUGGCUGGCAGCUAACGGUGGUCACCUUGCUGUCGUGGAGCUGCUCUACAGUGUAGGAGCUGACAUUGAUUCACAGGACAACAGGAAGGUGUCAUGCCUAAUGGCAGCAUUCCGAAAGGGGCACAUGAAAGUGGUCAAGUGGAUGGUGAACCACGUCACCCAGUUCCCGUCCGACCAGGAGAUGUCCAGAUAUAUAUCUACUAUCAAUGACAAGGAGCUGCUGGAGAAGUGUCAAGACUGUGUGAAGAUCAUCAGAGUGGCCAAAGACCAGCAAGCAGCCAAGGCCAACAAAAACGCGACCAUACUCCUUGAGGAGCUGGACAUGGAGAAGAAUCGGGAGGAGAGCAAGCGGGCUGCUGCGGCCAGGCGACGAGAGCGAAAGAAGAAGAAGAAACUUGAGAAAAAAGAGGAAAAGAGGAAACUGCACGAAGAGAAUCAAAAAAACGAAAUGAUGUACGUUGAAGAGGAAGAGGAUGAUGAAGAAGAUGAGAAGGAAGAAGUAGAAGAAGCAGAGAUAGAGAAGGCGGCGAGCACAAGUGCUGCGGAGGUGACGUUAGGGGAGCAGUCCCCAGCACGUGGAGGAGGAGAAGGAGAGGAAGGUGACAGUGGAAUUGAUGCGAACAGCCAGGGUAGCUGCAGCAGCAACGAGGUCAAGCCUGUUGUAAAGGACCGCCGCAAGGAGAAGAAAAAGAAAAAACCGGCCCCCCCACCUGAAACAAGACUGCCCAUACCUGCCACAUCCAAACCUACUGCCGAUGAGAGGAGAAGCAGGGAGCUGGCAGUGUCAAGUGGUGCUGCUAGUAGCCACGAGACCAACACCAGCAUUACCAGUAAGACACCCUCUACCACACCUAACCGAGCCGAGGCCAAGUGUGGGUACUUCCAGGAGACAGGUCAUAGUAAGUCGCGGUCCAAGGCCAAGGGACAGCUCAUUUUUGAAGCCUCUAGGCAUCCGGCCGAACGGGAGGACUUCGAAGCCACCGGCAAUGAAACCUAUGUGCCUAUCAGCAAGGGAAAGAGGAUGUCCUACCUGAAUGCAUACUCAGAUGGGGAAGGUGUUUCAAGCAAAGGAAGUUCAACAGUUAGCCCAAAACAACCUACAAAGAGAGAAGAAGGCUGGAGAGAAGUUGUGCGGAAAUAUUUAAACUCGCCCUUCCGAUCGAAGAAGGUGUCGGUGCCGCUGAACGCCAUCAGUCGGGUGAUUGGUCGAGGUGGUAGCAACAUCAACGCUAUUCGAUGUGCUACCGGUGCCCACAUCGAAGUGGAGAAACAGAGCAAGGGCCAAGGCGAGCGCAUCAUCACCAUCAAGGGCUCGACAGAAGCGACAAGGCAAGCUCACAACCUGAUAGCCGCACUUAUCAAGGACCCUGAGGUUGACAUCCUCACCAUGUUGCCCAAGGCCACCAAACAGGCUGCCACCGCCACCUGGGAUAAGUCUGCUCAGAACUCCAAGUCCAAGAGUACUGGAGCCAAGACUAGCUCAACCAGCAGUACCAGCACCUCCACUGUCAGUUCUGCCACCACUGCCAAACCCUCUACUUCAGCGAGUGCGGGUCUCACCGUGUCAGUGACAGUGGCUCGCUCCGGGACCCCCUCGUACACCACCUCUUCCAGGGUCACGGCCCCACGUCUCGUGGCUGCCGCGGAGAAACGAGCAGCACAGUUGGCAGCUGCGGGCAACACAAAAACCACAAUGUCCUACACAACGGCCAUCAUGACAUCUAGCCGAGCGAGCAAGACAGUCACCACCACACCCACUCCCAGCCAGACGUUUGCGGCUAAACUAACGGCCGAGGUGACCGUGAGUCCGGCGGCUCCACCUACACCACAGCUUAGCCCCGCAGCCCCUACUCCGGCCCCCGCUGCGAUUCCUACCACUACCACCCCUCAACCUCUCCCUCUGCCUCCAGCCACACCCACUCCCCCUCUUCCCGCAACUACCACUACCACCACCACUGCGUCCGCAGCUCACAGUGCCACCCUCGAGUACUCACUCUUCAAUGACACCUUUACAAAGGUGGCGCAACAGAGCAUGUGGGGAAGAGAGAACGACCCUUCUCAGAAAGGCAUGAACUUUGCAAGUGUAGCAGCGACUGGAGCCCCCGCCAACGGCCCCCAACAGCUCCCCAACAUGCACACGUACCUUGAGAGCUCUCCACCCCAGGUGGACGCUGCCAAAGCUCCUGGCUAUCGUGGCACGACGGUGUGUUCGCCUGUUUCCAGCAAGAGCAGCACCACCCCGCCCUCCCUGCCAUCACUGGCCUCAUACCCGUCGUACAGCCCGCCUACGCAGUCGCCUGCACAGUACACCCGGGUCUACGCUGAGUAUCAGCCCGAGCAGACGGACACCUUCCACUACAGUCAAUCCCUGCAGCAGGCCACUACCACCGUGACCAUGUCACGAUUGAACCCUCGCGCACCUGACUUCCGGGCACCGACCACAUCACAACCACCGAUAUACAACCCCAAUCCACCCACCCCUACACCUGCCCCUGCCCCUUACAUCUUGGCCAACAACAACAUCAUCUCUUUCCCCCUCAGUAAGUUUACCCCGCAACAACCACGACCAAACGGACAGACCCAGAGGUGGUCCUACAUAACUCCCCACGCCUUCCCACAGCCACAAGAUGUCGUCGGGUUCACCAACGCGCACCUGGCCACUCUGGCCUCACUCGGACACCAGGACGUGCUGGCCGGUCUGGAGAAUGGGGCUGUUGGCUCGCCCAAUGUCAGUCCCUCCUCGCCCCAACAGGCCGAACAUCGACCCAUGGACGAUAGAAAGGUGCCUCCUCGUCCGAUCGGCACGGAACGGGCAUGGAAGAACUACACGGGGAUGAACACCGUGGCGGAGCCGGACGUGAACACGGCGUCGUGGUUGUGGACGGCAGCAGCGGCGGGUGGCAACUUAUCUGCGCUGGAGAGACAUCAGAUGUACCGCAGCCAGGGUCCCACACCUGCUUUCGCUCGCCUCGUCCCAGACGAGAUGCCCACUAUCAUAGACACCACCGCCUAUCAGGGAGGGGCCGACAGCCAACACUACAACGGUUGCCCACCUGGCACAGUGCUGCAAUCAGCGAUGCCACUAUUGCCGCAGUACGAUAUGGUUCCACCUGACGGUCUCAAGCUGGAGGCACCCUGGGACCACUCCCGACUACCCAUGCAGGACUUACAGGAUAAACAGCACGGAUGGAAUAAGUGGAACCACUAGACGUUGUGCAACGCUCAACAUUACUGACAGUAGCAUGUAUGGCAUCAUCCUUCAAUAGCUCACAUCGCUUCGUCUUUUAUUAUUUUGUUCGCGUAGAACGCCCUCAGUAUGUCUCGAUGUUCCCGAUAUUUACUUUUUCACUGUGUCGUUUCAUAGUAGCGGAGCAGAAAUGUGUAUAAUUUCAAGAAUUUUUAUUAUAUUAUUAUAAUUAUCUUUGGAUUUGGUGUAAAUAAAUACAAUACUUGUUGGAACCGGGGCCUAGCCUGUUUCCCCCCGAAGAACGUCAUGCAACUACUGUACACUUGCUGAUUUCUUCUGACCGCAUCCAUUGGGUUUUAUUUACUCCUAAUCCAGUAGUUGUGUGUACGCUUCUGUGUUUAAGUAUGGGAUCUUAAAGCCUUGAAGAGUUACGUUACAAGACAACCGAUGUUGCAAAUGCAAUGAGAAUCUAGCUUAUUCAACCUAAACAUUCAUCAUAAUAGUAGUUUGAUGGCGGCUGUAGGCGCGCCAGGGUAUGGAGGGACAGUGUCCCGACGGGGCCCCAGCUAAACCUGAAAUGGGAAUUUACUAUUGGAUUUAUUAUGUAAUAUUGCUUGUACAUGAAGACUUAAAAUAUAUCUUUAAGCACUGUG